AUGCGAUUUCGAACCACAGAAUGGACAUCCGGUCACCGUCUUAGGGGCGAUAAACCCACAAAAUGGCCCCAUUGCUUCAACAUGCAUACGGCGCAUAUACGUCAGGCGUGCACCGGUAUCCGUGGCCGAGUGCCGUACAGACAGAUGACAGUGACGGCAUUCCGCUUUCGUCCGGACUACCUAGAAACAUAUCGGACGAAGGAACUGCCCUUUCCUACAGUGUUCUACCAUAGUCCACUAAAGUUGAAAGCCAGACUGGCACAAUCAAGCCCUGCGUGCGUAAAAAUUAGAGAGGCAAUAAACACAAAAAUUGGACAAAGACCAAAACAUGAGCAUGGAGCCGGUAAAGGCGAGGCUUACUCUAAGGAAAUUCGCCUCGACACCACUUUAUCAAAACAGACAUCUCAUCACUGGUGA